AUGGCGCCUAUCAGCGACGCGGUGUUUUUGCGCCGUAACAACCAGAUUCAAGAUGCGAUUGACGGGCAGAAUCUCAAGCAGGCACUGCAGCUUAUCGAAAAACGCAUGAAGAAAGGCGAGGAUACCCGAUUUUUGAAAGCUUGGAAAGCGCAUGUUCUUUGGCGCCAUGCGGACGAGGCCCACCACAAGCGCGGCAUCGCGGAAACACUCGAGUUGUGCAAUGCGGAGCCGCCGACGACUGACAUCGAUACCCUGGAUCUCCUGUUCAAGACGCUACAGAAAAUUGAGGGCCAAGAUGCGACGCGGAGUAAUCUCUGGGAGAGGGCAGCGAAAGCUCAACCCCAGGACCUUGAAAUUCAAGGCCGUUGGUUUACAUACGCUUUUGAGAGAAAUGAUUGGAAGUCCGCCCAAAAGGCGGCCAUGAGCCUACAAAAGAACUUCCCCCGGGAUCGAAAGUACUAUUUCUGGGCCAUCUUCUUGAGCCACCUAAUUGCAACAGACGCGAGAAGUUCCGAAACCGACCGGAAGCUUUUUGGUACCCUGGCAUAUCGCAUGAUCUCAAAGGCUGCAGCAGAUGUUCCAGAAAAUCCUCAGCAGACAAGCCCCCCUCGAGCGAUUCAAUCAUCCGAGGAGCUGCGUCUUCUCAUCAAGAUCUACGAAGCCCAGGGAAUGAACUCGGAAGUUGUGAAGGUUUUAGACAGCGACAACCUCGGUCUCAAAUCUCGCGUUGUUCAAAGUGACAAUGCCUUCUUAGGGUUCAAGGCGUCGAAUCUUGUUGCCGCUCAGAUGUGGGAGGAGGGAAUUGCGUUCGUGAAGAACCUUUAUGCGAUUUCUAAUGACGAGGAGAGGCUUAAGGCCCUCCGUGAGAUUGAUGACUGGAGCAUAUGGAGCGUGUUGGUCUCAGCUACAAAAAACGCUAAAACUCCUGGUGUCGCUGCCAACUCGGAAAAAUUUGCGGAGGAAUUUUCUCGUUUGAUGCCUAAAUCUCGCAAUGCGGCUCUCGCUCGCCUCGACAUUAUUGUUUGCGGCAUCCAAAGCGGCGAGACUGCCGCUGGCACUUUGAUUCCAGCCUGUAAGGAAUACAUUGACAACCACAUCCACAAGUUGUACGCCUUCAACGAUAUCCGGAGGAUCGUGGGUCCGAACAAGGACCACCUAUCAACUCUGCUCGACUACAUCAAUCAACACCAUGCCAGUGCAGGAAAGGGAAACGUUUCCAAGAUCAAUGCGCUCAAACUCGACUAUUGUUUGAACAUCUCUGGAUCAGAGCACAGACUUUCUGCGGAUGCCAUCGAGGGCUUCGUUGCUCGCUGUCUUGAACUGUAUGAUGCUUCCUUCAAGGAGGGCCAAAGCAAGAAAGAGACUUCAAAGGCUGCAUCAUCUACUAUUGAAAGUCAACCUAUCGACGACCUCUGCAUUCUGGCCGCCAUGAGUCUCCUGCAGCCCACUGAACCCCAUGAAACCCAUGAAACCGAGAUUCAAGUGUCCAAGACCUCGUUGAUUCGAUCCGCAGCCGUUCUCGAUCACUUGUGCCGCAACUCACCCCACAAUUAUGAAGCGCUACUUCUGUUGGUCAGAAUCUACCUUCUCCUUGGGGCAGGUUCUCUUGCCCUGAGCACCUUCAGCAAAUUGUCCGUCAAGCAAAUUCAAUUUGAUUCCGUCGCCCACAUCCUCUUUACUCGUCUCUCUACUGUGCAUCCCCAUUCUGCUCCACCAGUCGAGGGUGCAGAAUACAAGGAUUUCGAUCCACUAUCUGCAUUUGUGCAAGGGCUGAAUUUCUUCCGCAACUCGGAAGUGAAUACAAUGCGAUUCCGAACAGCUGGCUUGGAGGAGGGCGCCUACGUGAACACGGAAGAAAUCAUCGAGCUUCGACGACGCCUCUCUAAUAGUAUCAAUCGUCGCAUGUAUGCCCUUGAUGUGCGACGUACGCAACGACUUGCCGGGGGCGAUCCGAUGGGACGCUAUGAUGACCUUGCACGCGAUAGCACUCCAGUCGUUGAUUCACGAAAGUUCGGUGCUUUCAUGUCAUGUGAAUUUGUCAACAAACCAAUAUUCGAGGAGAGAGUGCGAUUGGGGCCACUUCCAAGAAACAACUGGCUGGCCUCGGCCCGAAUUACGGACCAACUAUUCAGCACUUUGAAGGGUAUUGCUUUGCAAAAACCUCUCACGCCAGAUGCUGACCUGCCAUCUCUUGAAAUGCUCUCCGUGACCGAUACUGAGAGAGACCAGACAUCAGCUGAGAAAGAAACAUCCUUGGUCCACGUGAAAUUACUCAAGGUGGCUUUGUUCAUGGCUGGCUCCAAGCUGAUCACCUCGGAUCAAGUAGAAGCUGCUCUUAGCCAGGUCGAAGAAUAUCUGGGUCUGAAAAAAUUAGAGCUUACGAUGAAUGAGAAAUCAUCGUCUUCCCUCCUGUCUUCAACGACAUUGUGCGUUGGAUCCGAAAACCUCGUGGCACCGACCUGGGAAUACUUCCACAAGUCCUACACUCUUCUUGAGACACUGAAGGCUUUAUGGCAAUUGGUGACACUCGCUACUAAGAAGGGCGGCAAAAAGUUGCCAAAAGAACGGUUGGAGAAGCUCUCGGCACUCGUCCCAGAGCUCUUUGAGGUUGUCCGGUCAAACGCAAGAGCCUUGAAGCAGCGAAUCUCCGCGUCUGGAGUUCUUUCCUCUCUGAUCGAUUUAGUCACUCAAGGUGACCAGUCUACGAGAACCGAAGAAGCUCAUCAAAGCACCUUCGAGGCUACCUUGGAUUCGUCUUGCAUCGAACUCUUCUGUGGCUCCCUUAUGGAGAGCUGGGAAGAAGCUUUGGAUGGGGUUUUGCUGGUGAAAUUGUAA